AUGUCUGCCUUCAUUUUCGGGGGCGACGCCGACAAAGCAAUGAAAAUCAUGGAAGCAGGACAGUGGAAUAACCAAGCCAAUCAACUCGAAGUCCGUGGCGAUUUUGCCGGCGCAGAGAGUUUAUUCUUGAGGUCCCUUGCGAGGAAAAUCGAAGUUAUCGGCGAAGAUUCAAUCCAGAUUGCUCUUGCGAAAAAUACACUGGGCGAAUUGUAUUUGAAGAUGGAAGGCAAAUUGGAUGAUGCACAGAAGUUGUUGGAGGAUGCUGAUAGGGUUAGGAGUGUGUCCACUCAGCAGCAUGAACGUCAAGUCAAAGCAGGACGACCUCAAGAAUUGUGUACAUGGUAUUGCAGUGAGACCUGUCAAAAAGUGGAUUGGAAGACGAGACACAAGCGGUGGUGUACGGAGCCCACGGCGGAGAGUGUUCAGGGAACUAGUGUCCGUCAAUUGAGGGGGGAAGUGAUGAGUUGGUUUGGUGGUGCAUAA